AUGGGCACUCGACUUGUCUUCCGCAUGGAACUACCCUACUGCGAGAUCAUACUUGAGUUCAAGGUGCUGGCCUUUGAACCUUCGUUAGAGCCUGGUAUCACUAAUCCCUUUCCCGGGAGCCAUAAGCUGUUGACUUGGGCGAAGGAAGUGGAUCUCUUCGACAAUUAUGGUCAUUCCUACUACGUGCUCGGUCAGACUCGUGUGUCUGCUCAGCCGGAGGAUUAA